AUGGGAAUAUUCGAUAUGAGCGAUCUGUGUUAUUUGACAUAUUAUCUGGGAAUUGAGGUUGAUCAAACCAAAGACGGAAUAUUGUUGACACAAGCUGGUUAUGCACAAAAGAUACUUGAAGUUGCUGGUAUGGCCGAGUGCAAUAGUACUUUGUUUCCUAUGCAACCAAAGAUCAAAUUGAACAAAGAUGAAGGCGACAAGCCAUACGAUGCUACAACAUAUAGAAGAAUAAUAGGAAGCAUCCGAUACUUGAUCUACACCCGGCCUGAUUUGAGUUAUUCGGUGGGAGUAGUAAGUAAGUAUAUGCAAAAUCCCAUAGUGUCUCAUUACAAUACAGUCAAACAGAUUUUAAGGUACAUCAAAGGUACCAUUAACUUCGGCUUAAAGUAUUGCAGGGGAGGCAAUGGUGAAGUACUGGGUUACAGUGACAAUAGUAAUGGCAAUGGUUUAGAUGAUGGAAGAGGAGCAACAGGGUUAGCAUUUUACUACUCAGGUAACCUGGUGACUUGGGCCUCACAGAAACAAAGAACAGUUGCUCUUAGCUUGUGUGAAGAUGAGUUUAUGGCUGCAGCUGCAGCCGUGUGUCAAGCAUUGUGGCUGCGAAAUUUGAUUGCAGAUUUGUUAGGGAAAGAGGCUCAAAUGGUGACAUUGUUGGUGGAUAAUGAAGCUGCGAUCUCCUUGAUGAAAAACCCCGUGUUCCAUGGAAGAAGUAAACACAUAGACACAAGGUACCAUUUCAUCCGCGAGUGUGUUGAAAGAAGUCAGAUUUGUGUGAAACAUGUUAGUGGAAGUUUGCAAAAAGCUGACAUACUAACCAAGUCUUUGGGAAAGCUGAAGUUAUGUGAAAUGAGGAGGCUAAUUGGAGUGCAUGAAGCACAAGUACAAGCCAACAUUACAGGGGAGAGUGUUGGAUAA